UACUUUGAAGGCAAAUAUUUCAAAGAAACAAGUUUAUCUAGCUAAGAGAAAAUCACUUAUGAUAAUUGAGGGCAACAUAGAAGAAUAAUUUAGCAAAAUAAGAAAUUACUGUGUUGAACUUAAAAGGUCUGAUGCAGAUGCUUCGGUGAUUCUAAAGUUGACAGAAGAUGAUGAUGGUCCAAGAUUUCAGAGACUUUAUGUUUGCCUCUCCGCAUGCAAAGAAGGUUUUAAAGAGGCAUGUAGGCCUAUGAUUGGUGUUGAUGGCUGUUUUAUGAAAAGCAAGAAUGGGGGGCAAUUGUUGUCAGCAGUUGGGCUUGAUCCAAACAAUAACAUUUUUCCAAUUGCUUAUGCCAUGAUUGAAAGAGAGACGAAAGAUAGUUGGAUAUGAUUUCUACAACUAUUGGACAAUGAUAUUGGUUUUGAGGAUCAAUAUGGUUGGACCUUUAUGUCUGACAAACAAAAAGGUUUGAUUCCUGCUUUUAAGCAGUUAUUUCCAAAUGCUGAGAAUAGAUUCUGUGUGAGGCAUCUCUAUAGCAACAUGAAACACAAUGGCUUUAGAAGUGUGGCGGUUAAGAAUGCUCUUUGGGCUGCUGCGAGAGCGACAAGAAUUGAAGUGUUCAAAAGACGGAUGGAAGAGUUGAAGAAAAUUGAUGAAAAUGCAUAUCAGUGGUUAGCAAAAAAACCUGAGCAUCAUUGGUCUAGGUCACAUUUUAGCAUUGUUCCUAAAUGUGACAUACUUCUUAAUAAUAUGUGUGAAUGCUUCAAUAGCUUCAUAUUGGAUGCAAGAGAAAAAUCAAUAAUUCCCAUGUUUGAAGCAAUAAGAAAUCUAUUGAUAGUUAGAUUUCAAAUGAAUAGGGCAAAGGCUGAGAAAUGGAAUGGUGUAAUAUGUCCUAAAAUUAAGGCGGUGUUGGGAAAGAAUUACCUAGAAGCAUCUCGAUAUAGUCCUAUGAUGUCUGACGAGACACAUUAUCAGAUCAUGGGGUCAAACCAGCAGCAUUCUGUCGACUUGUGUAGAAUGAUUUGCAGUUGUAGAAAAUGGGAUUUGACAGGAAUCCCUUGCCCGCAUGCUAUUUGUGCUAUUUUGUGUAAGAGAGAAGAUCCAGAAGCUUAUGUACAUCGUCAUUAUAGUGUUGAGGCCUAUAAACGAUGUUAUAAUGGAUCAAUCAUGCCCAUCAAUGGACCAGAUUUGUGGUCUGAAUGUCAUUUAAUCCCUCCAUUGGCACCGGUGUUUAAAGAAAGAGUUGGUAGGCCAGCAAAAUUGAGAAUGCGGGAUCCAGAUGAAUUACCAGCUUCAAAACAAACAAAGCUGACGGGUUUGAGAAGAAACAAUAAAUGCAAGAGUUGUUGUGAGAUUGGUCAUAAUCAAAGGAGUUGCAAGAUACCUAAAUCGAGUGAUUUAGAUCAUACAGCAUCACGUCAAAGCAAAGGGAUAGAUCAUGAAUUAGUACCACGAGAAUGUAAUGAAAUGGAGAUAGAUGCACAUACACAAUGCAACGGUGCAAUGCCAAAUGAAGGAGAGAGAAUCAUUCCCACAAAAGAGGUUGUGCAUGAUACGUUAGUAUCAAACAAAAGAGAAAAACUACAGGUUAUCGAAAUUUAUACAUAUUAGAAAAGCAUAAUGUGUAUUACUUACUUUGUUCAUAGUAAUGUAUUUUUUUGUUUUCGAUUAUCAUAAUUAUUUACAGGUUAUACGACAAAAGAUAACUGGAGUGAGGAUUAAGGACAGCUCUAACAUGAUACCAUCAAUCAAUGUGAAGCAAGUAUUCAAUGGAUAAAAUCAUGUUUUUGUGAAAGGUGGAAAGAACUUUGUGACGCUAUCAGGAUUAUGAGCUUCAUUGGACAACAAACAAAAGAAAGCACAAGCAGAAUCGUCAAGUAUAUCAAUUACCAAACAGUGAUAUUGUAGUUGUUAUUUGUCUGUUUUGGAUAUUAUUUUUGGUUAUACUUAAUUAGUAUUG